CGGUGGAAGAUGGCGGCCGACAUGAGGCUGCUCGGGUUGGUGGAGGAGUUUGUGAGUGGAUUGCAGGACGGGGCGGCCAACGACUUAGCCACAGGUGUCAUUGAUGGGAAGUGUACUGCACUGGAAAUUGUGGAAGCUUUGGGGAAAUGUUUGACGAAUUCUGAGCCAAGAGUAAGAAGCCGGGGGAUUCAGCUCCUCUCUCAGGUUUUGCUGCUGGCUUAUUCAUCUCUCAAACAAAGAGAAGUGGAGGCACUGGCUAUCUUCUAUAUAGAUCGACUGAAGGAUCAUUACAUUAUCACACCUUAUGUCUUGCAAGGGUUGAAAGCCUUGAGUAUGAGCUCUGUUCUGCCAGAAGGGUUGGCUGUAACGAUGUUGAAGGCAUUGUUCCAGGAGGUACAUGUCCAGUCCCUGAUGCAAUCUGAUCGGCAUUCUGUGUACACCAUCAUCUCAAAUUUAAUGGAUACCAGAGAGCAAGAACUGAAGAGUUUGGCAGCAGACUUCACAUUUGGUUUUAUUCAAGCAAUGGAUGGAGAGAAGGACCCACGGAAUUUAUUAAUGGCUUUUCAGAUCUCCAGGGACAUCAUCGUCAACAAUUAUGAACUUGGGAACUUUGUGGAAGAGUUCUUUGAGAUCACUUCAUGCUAUUUUCCCAUUGAUUUUACACCGCCUCCAAAUGACCCACAUGGGAUAUCUCAGGAGGAGUUAGUGUUGAGUCUGCGAUCUGUACUUACUGCCACACCCCGGUUUGCAGAGUUCCUAUUGCCACUCCUGAUUGAGAAACUGGAUUCGGAUGUUCAGAGUGCCAAAGUGGAUUCCCUUCGGACUCUGACAACAUGCUGCAGAGAUUAUAGGAAGAAGGAGUUGAAAGAAUUCCUACCAGCUCUUUGGCAUUCUAUACGCAGAGAGGUCUUUCAGACAGCAAGUGAAAAGAUUGAAGCUGAAGGUCUUGCUGCUCUCCAGGCAUUAUCAACUAGUCUGUCCAAGUCAGUUAUCGAUUCGGAUGCAGAGGAUAGUCUGGAUGAAUUCCUCAAUAAUGUUCUACAAGAUUGCAAGCAUCACCUGUGUGAACCAGACAUGAAACUCGUGUGGCCAAGUGCAAAGCUGCUCCAGGCAGCUGCGAGUGCUUCCUACAGAGCAUGCUCCAAGAUCAACAGCUGCAUAUUUCCUCUGUUGCUGGAACAAUUCAAUAAACAUAAACAGAGUAGCCAACGUUGGACAAUCUUGGGAAUUUUGAAAAUUUUCAUUAAACUAAUCCAAAAGUGGGACCGAGAUGAGGAAGAUGAGAAUCCCCUGUGUGCCUUUAAGGAUCAGCUUUGUGUCCUGGUAUUCUCUGCACUGACUGAUUCCAGUGUCCAACUGCAAAUGGUGGGGACUAGCACUUUGGCAGUUCUGGCAUCACAGAAAGAUUUGCUGUCUUCCUCCGACAUCGAGUUGAGUGUAGACCACUUGAACAGACUGAUCCUACAGGAGGCUGACCCUCAAGUUUGUGCCGCAGCAUUGGAAGCUUCCACGAUCAUUUCUGCAAUCCACCCCUCUGCUUUCAUCACUAAGAUGGUUCCAGCACUGACACAGGAUUUAAAUACAGAACGGAUGGAAGUGAAGGAUGAUGGCGAACCUCUUGCACCGUCUGGUAAUGCUCUGCAUCAGCGCAGUAUACAGGCUCUGGCUGCCAUUUCCACACACCCCAGUAUAGUGAAGAGAACAGUCCCAGUCCUGCUGCAGCAUCUGACCAAUUUACAGAAAGGAACUUCAGGCAAUGAAAGCGAAAUGGCCAUCUUGAUCUGCCAGAGCCUGCAACUAGUGGCAGAACACUGUCGAGGUGCUGAAGAGAGCAACCAGUACUUUCACCAAAUGGUUGUCCCAUGCCUACUGGGACUGGCCAUCCAGACAGCUGUGCAAGACUGUGCGUCUGAGGUCCGGCUUGGCAUCCUGUGUGAGGAACAGGUAAUCACGGCGUUUGGGACUGUGAUCAGCACUGCCUACAGUGAUGGCGAGACAGAACGAGCUUCAAGAACAAUCUCCCAGAUUGUGGCCUUGUACCUUGAUGGGGAUGUCUCCUCCUUGCCUGAAAAUAAUCUUUCCAGAAAGUUCCAGCCUUUUCAGUCACCGGAUUCUCCGUGGCCACAAACUCAGCUGAUUGCCCUUCUGCAGGCUGCUGUCUGCUCCCUGCCAAAGAAUAUAAUAGUACCACAACAGGGGAGGUUGUUGGAACGACUAAUGGAGCUAGCUUGCACCAGCGACCAUCGAUUCACUUACACGUCUGCUGCUAAAUGCAUUGCUGGCCUCAUCAACAAAUACCCUGCAGGUGAACAGUUGGACUCUGUUCUCCAGGAUGUGUUGAAAAAGAUUGACAGUGGGCUGGAGAGGAACGCUGGAGUUUGUGCACAGGCUACUAGCAGGACCCGAGUUUUCACCUUACUGCUGUGGUUAACAAAAUCACUUGUGCUGCGCUAUCACUCUCUUGCUGCCACAUUGACUGACAAGCUGAUACAGCUGCUCACUGACCCCGAUCUGGGAACUGAGGCAGCGGACGGAUUCUCCGUGUUGGUCAGCGACUCCUCGGAUGUCCUGAACAAGGCCACUCACGCCGACAUUCGCAUCAUGUACCGGCAGCGAUUCUUCACCGAGAACGUCCCCAAACUGGUCCAGGGCUUCCACUCAGCCAGUGAAGGUAAUAAGUCGAACUACCUGAAGGCACUUUCUCACGUGUUGAACAGUCUUCCGAAGCAGGUCCUGAUGACAGAGCUCCCGUCGCUGCUGACUCUGUUGUUGGAGGCUUUGUCGUGCUCAGACCAGGUGGUCCAGUUGUCCACACUGGGCUGUUUGCAUCCUCUUUUGCUGGACGCCACUCAGACCAUGAGCUUGCAUGUAGAUACUUUAGUGAACAAAUUGCUCAAUCUGACUUCCAGCCCUGCCAUGAAAGUCCGUAUUGCGUCCUUACAGUGCAUGCAUGCACUGACCAAGCUGCCUCCACAUGUGAUCCUGCCCCACAAAUCCCAGGUAAUCCAAGCCCUGGCUAAACCCUUAGAUGACAAGAAGCGACUGGUGAGGAAGGAAGCAGUCAGAGCUCGGGGAGAAUGGUUUCUUUUAGGGAGCCCAGGCAGUUGAUGCACGUCCACCUGACCAGAGAGAGAGAAAGACGACAAUCAGACGAGGCCGAGCCUGUCCGGCACAUUUACAACCAGUGGCCUGUUCAACUUAACAUUCCAAGCCUCUCAAAAAUAACACAAUAAAAAUUAAAUCCAGUUUUUCUUACAAAAGAAAAAGUUUUCCAGCGGAAAUGAAGACUGAAAUAAUGAAGAAUUUGCACCUUUAACCAAUUUACGACUAUUUAAAUAAGCACAUUUCAUUCAGCACCUCGGUGGUCUCAGAAUGGCCCUUGUGUAGAGUAUGGUAAUUUUUCACCUUGUAUGAUAUGACAAAGCAGCCUCACUAACUGAGCAAAUUGCCUAAUUCGUUCUAGUAACUGAGCAAAGAUUGAGAGAGACAAGACACCAUGGCAAAUGUCCUGUAGGACUUUAGCAUCAAAUAGCUCUGCAGUGAUUCUGCUGUAUUGCAGUUGAGAUGGUUCAUUUCACCUAAUGUGUACCAGGACAAACCUGUACACAAUCCUGGAAUCUCAGGAGUGAGUUACAGACUGGAAACUAAUCGAAGGGUUUGGGUGAUUUAUAUAUGCCACAACAGAUAUUUGGGAGUGAGUUACAAAAUUAAUCGAAGGGUUCAAGAGAUUCUAUGUGAAAUAACAGGUACCUGAGAGUAAGUUACAGACUGCAAUGUGAUCAAGAGGUUUCGUUGAUUUAUAAAUGGAAUAACAGACACCUAGGAAUUUGUUAUGAAUUAAUCCAAGAGCUUGGAGUUUUAUAUAUAGAACGACUAAUACCUAAGUGUGAAUUACAGGCUGGAACUUAAUCAAUAGGUACUGUGUUGAAAUUGCUUUCUUUGUUUUUAAAGUGCAUCUCCUUGAAAUUCUCCUUGGCUGACUCUCUGUGAGUCAGGUGAUGCAUGUUUUUUUUUAGAUUGAUAUGUACUAUAAACCAUAUAUUGCAGAAUGUAGUGUACUGCUGUUAAGUUGAAGCUGCUUUUAGCGGUGGCCUGUCUUUUCAGGCUGUCAGGUCUAACUACUGUAGGUCAGUCUGAGUGUCAUUUUUGCUGAUGAGGAUGGUUUGAAAAUUGCUAAGUGCUAAGAACCAGAACAAAAUACCCGUCUUGUAAAAACUGUGAUCUUUUUGAAGUAUGACAGGUGUGACAAGGUGCAAGACUUGUAGUGGAGUAUGAGUGAUAGAGGUAUUCCAUAGUUAGGAUUCCAUUUACUGAGUAAUGAUACCAGAGUGGUCUUGGUCCACUGAGAAAUAACAUGAAUGAUGUAUACCUGUCAGCUUCAAAAAUUGGGUAAAACAGGAGUGAAAUCACUUGUAUUUUUGUUAUUGCUGCCCAUCCCCUCCCCGGUUUAGUAUGUCUCGUGCAUAUUUGUUAACGCGUAUCAUAUUUACACUCUGGACACCUUAGCAUUAUUACAGAAUGGGGAAGGAUGAUGAAUAGUCAGGGGUAAAGCGGAACACAGCAGAAAAAGGUGCAUGUGGAAAACAAGUCAGGGCAAUGGUAGAAUGCCCAAGGUAAUAGAAUAUUUGCACUUUUUUUUGAGGGGGGUGACCCCUCCACUUGAAGCCCUUCUCUCUGCCGGGUAUUAUUUUGGGAGGAGCAGCUUACUGACAACCAUCAGACUGUCUUGCUAUGUGCAUUUGCUCUGUAAUCAUUGGCUGAUUACUGCCUAGGCAUUGCACAGUCUACACUGAAUGAACUGAUUCCAGACAGAACUUCAUUUGUCCUCUGUGAUGGUAAAGCUGAUUGAUAACUCUAGUGGAUGAAUGAGCAUGUAUUAUCUGGGAGGUUUGUCAAAAAUUGUCUUGAGGAAAUGUUUUUCUGGCCACAACUUUUACCAAAAUAAUGCACAUUGCUGGCAUUGUGCUAAAACAUUAAAAUCUUGUAUCAGUAUCUUGGAUUAGUUAAAGGGAAAUAGGACUAGAAUCACUGUCUCUCACUCUUGCUGACUAAUCACAAACUAUCGUUUGAAACAAAAACAAAUUUCUGGAGAAAUUCAGCAGGUCUGGCAGCGACUGUGGAGAUAAAGCAAUGUCACUGUUUCUGGACCAGUGAUCUUUGUGCAGAAGUGUUCUGAAGAAAGGUCACUGGCCCCUGACAAGUGGUGCCAGACGUCUGAGUUUCUCCAGCAACUUCCUUUUUUCCAGAUCUGCAGCAUCCACCACCCUGUUGUUUUUUUGUUUACCAGUUUAUAAUUUCUUGGGUGACUUCCUUGGUUCAGUGAUAAUCUCAGUGUACUCUUUGUCCUGUCACUGAUUCUCACCAACCUCCAUGCCCUAUCAUUGACAGGCAAUGACCUCUAUAUUCACAUAAUAUCCUACUAAGUUCUGUCACUCCAAACUGGCCUGCUGUGAUGUUCUUUUCAAACCAUUAAUGUUUUCAUCUAUAACGUUGCUUCUUUUAAUCGCUAAUUUUGUACUGAUGUUAAGACUUGUGUGUAACUGGGGAGACCGUUGUGAAUUUGCCUUUGAUAUUCUCCCACAGUUAGAUGGAAACUCAAAUUCCCUCCAUUUCUUCCACCCUUUUCCCACAUCUGCUCUGUAAAUUUACUCUUUCUUCAAACUGAGGACAGAUUAUAUAUUUCCCUGUCAAUCUCAUUUUCAUUCUCUGUUUCUGUUCCUGCCAAAAUUGAGGAUUUGUUGAGGAUUUUUUUUUGACAUCUCAAGCCUAUGCCAUCCAUUUUUAAACUUGGCAGUCAAUAAUUACUGCUGUAUAGCUCUGUCUUGCAAACUUUAGACCAUUUCUAAAGAAAGUAUUUCUACAGCCUGGAUUGUUUGUAGAUUGUUUUGAUAGUUUUGUUUAUUUGUUUGAAGUUGAUGCCAGAAAGUUCCAUUUUAAUCCUCUGCUCCUUCUUGCUUCUGGUAAGGUGCUCUAACUCAAAGCACUUCCCUUUGGCUUUUGGUUUGACAGAGCUAAGUGGACGACACGAUGUGCUGUGCACACGCAGCUUUUACGUAGAACAAAGACAGUGGUGAAAAUGAAAGGUGACACUUACUGAGCCUUUACUAGUUCCACCCAACUAGUUUAUAAAAACGUGUGGUCUGUAACUGUUACCUGCACAACUCUUAAUGUAAGAUUAACUCUCCACUGGAGAAAUAAUUAACAAUUUUUAAAAAUAAA